AUGGGAAAGCAAAAGAAGCGGCUUCCAAAGCAAAAGCGGAAAGUCCCUAUGGCAGAGCGCUCCCGUAAGCUAACAAAAAAGGGAAAACUUAAACGCCGACGCGGUGACCUGAAAAUGGUCCACAAUCUCGAUGUCAGUUUCCCCGUGAAGCAAAAGAAAGGUGGAAAGUGGGUGAGAACGGGUGAGCGCCGCUGCAACGUACACACGGUUUGCAAUUGUGUUAACCGCACGGAUCCCACCAAAAUGGCACGAGUGACGAAUCGUUGA